UUGAUCAUCAGCUAGGUCACCCUCCUUCACGUACGUACGAAUAUAAUUAAUCAAUGACUGGCCAGAUGGAAAAUGCAUAAACAUUAUUAUUGAUCGGUCUUGAAAAGGGUACAUGCAUUUUGGAAAUGGCAGCCUACGACAGAAUAAGCAAAGAAAGGUUGUUAUCUCGCAAGGGUUGCUCAGCAUUCUUUGGAGAGUACGAUGAUAACAAAAUCAACAACAAAGAAUUGGAAGAAGAAGCGGCAGCGGCUUCUGUGCUGGAUAGAAUCACCAAACUAUGGGAAGAUCUUCAGGUGUUCCUUGUCAAGGUUUACGAAAUGGGUCGGUCUGACCCUAGACAGAUUAUUUUUGCUGUCAAAUCUGGGUUGGCCCUUGCUUUUGUUUCCAUCCUAAUAUUUUUUAAGGAACCCCUUAGUUAUAUCAGUCAACAUUCCAUCUGGGCAAUCCUCACUGUCAUCGUUGUAUUCGAAUUUAGCAUCGGAGCAACACUUAGCAAAGGAUUUAAUCGUGCUUUGGGGACAUUUUCUGCGGCAUUACUGUCAUUGGGGAUUGCUCAAAUAUCUGUGUGGGCUGGGGAAUGGCAAGAAUUUGUGGUUGUAGUCAGCAUCUUUAUAGCAGGUUCUGCUUCGAGCUAUGUGAAAUUAUAUCCAUCAAUGAAGCCAUAUGAAUACGGGUUCAGGGUUUUCAUGUUGACAUUUUCAAUAGUACUAGUAUCAGGGACUUCACAUUUUUUUAGGACAGCUGUUUCUCGACUGUUAUUAGUUGGAGUCGGGGCAAGCAUAUGUUUGAUAGUAAAUAUAUGUAUCUAUCCAAUUUGGUCUGGAGAAGAUUUGCACAAAUUGGUGGUCAAGAAUUUUAGGGGUGUUGCUACUUCCUUGGAAGAAUGUGUUUCGAGUUACUUACAAAACGUGGAAUAUGAAAGGAUACCUUCAAAAAUCCUUGUAUAUCAGGCGACUGAUGACCCUCUAUAUACUGGGUAUAGAGCAGCAGUACAGUCUACAAGUCAAGAAGAUGCUUUGUUGGGGUUUGCAAUUUGGGAACCACCCCAUGGGCGUUAUAAAAUGUUGAGAUAUCCAUGGGGUCACUUUGUGAAAGUUAGCGGUGCAUUGAGACAUUGUGCCUUUAUGGUUAUGUCAUUGCAUGGAUGCAUUCUUUCUGAAAUACAGGCAGCCCCUGAAUUGAGACUAAUGUUUAGAAACGAGAUUCAGAGGGUGGGGAUCGAAGGUGCAAAAGUACUCCGAGAGCUGGGAAACAAGUUGGAAAAGCUGGAAAAACUAAGCCCUCGUUUUGACCUGCUCGAGAAGGUACAUGAGGCCGCAGAAGAGCUCCAAAUGUUGAUAGAUGAAAAAUCUUACCAUCUUGUCAACUCUGAGAAAUGGGCAGCUUCAAGACGACCCAAAGAAUUCGAAGAUCCUGAUCACCUUCAGGAGUUAAAAGAUGAAGAAAUUAGGAUCGAUUCUACAAGUGAAGCUCAUUUAAAACAAUCACAUACAACUUUGAAUCGUCAUGUCACAAAUAUGUCCAUCAAUCCUUCUUGUUUUGGAAACUCAGAAGAAGAGCAGUUACACUGGCCUUCGCGUCUAUCCAUCUUAGGGGAUGCCGUUCUUAACGAACGCGAGGUAAGGACUUACGAGAGUGCAAGUGCUUUGUCUUUGACCAAUUUUACAUCUUCCUUGAUCGAGUAUGUUGCAAGGCUUCAGAAUCUGAUAACCUCAUACCAAGAGCUUAGUGAUAAGGCAAAAUUCUCAGAACCAACAAAGUAAGUAAAUAGGACUUCUUGAACCAUAACUUUGUACGCUCCUCUUUUUUGUUUCUCUUGUUGACUAAAAAAAAGCAUAUUAUUAUCAUAUUAUAUCAUUUAGAAGA